UUUGUCCGUGACGCCGAGCCAAGUCUCGCUGCCGGAAUUUCGGCGCGUCUCGCCGCAUCCAAGGCACAACGGUUGCUGUCCCACAUCGACACGACCACCGCUUCGCUCGUCGUCCUCUGCUCCGCGAUCUCCGCUACCGACGCUGAGAAUGCCGAAGACGUCAUUGACCAGGCCCAAGAAUCCGCCACCACGGCCAUCAAGGAGGCUGACGUCCUCCUCCAAAAGCUCGACGACCUGUCCGAGAGCUCCAUUGAUCUACGCCCGCCGGUGCCGACCAGACCUGCGGAACGGAUCAAAAUCAAUUUGCGGCCUUUCGACGAACACGAGCCAGGUUUGUGGUUCGACCUGCUAGAGGCGCAAUUUCGCGUCGCCGGUUUCGAGGACGAACAUACUCGUUUUGCCCACCUCAUCCGGUUUUUGAGCGACGCCGUCAGCUAUCAG